UAACCUGGAGGCCUUAACCGGUUAUUCAUUUCUUCCUUCCUCGAUCCUUCCAUGUCUCCGAACCGGUCGGGGACUGUUACAACACUUCUCCCCUUCCUAACUGCAUCCUUCUUCUACCCUGCACUACCCAGGAGACAGAAAGACAGAAGCUUUGAAGCUCAGCAAAGAAGGGAAAUCCAUUGAGAACAGUCUGUAAAGGCAAACCCAAAAGAGAGCCAGAUAAAGCUGCUGGCAUAUACUACUAGAAGACGUCAACAAAAAUACUUGGUCUACAAGACGUCACCAUGUCAUUGAGAUUUGGACAACAUCUCAUCAAGCCCUCUGUGGUGUUUUUGAAAACCGAAUUUUCGUUUGCUCUUGUGAACAGGAAACCUGUCGUCCCAGGACAUGUUCUUGUGUGCCCUCUCCGUCCUGUGGAACGUUUCCGGGAUCUGCACCCUGACGAAGUGGCCGACUUAUUUCAAACCACCCAAAAGGUCGGGAAUGUGGUGGAGAAACAUUUUAAUGGAACUUCCAUUACUUUCUCUAUCCAGGAUGGACCUGAAGCUGGCCAAACUGUGAAGCACGUUCACGUCCAUGUACUCCCCAGGAAGGUUGGAGACUUUAACAGAAAUGACAGUAUCUAUGAUGAGCUGCAGAAACAUGACAAAGGAGAGGAAGACUCCCCUGCCCACUGGAGAUCUGAGGAAGAAAUGGCAGUCGAAGCUGCAGAACUCAAGUCAUAUUUUCAGUCAUUUCCAGGCAAGAAGAUGUCUUGAACAAAUCCUGAGGCAUAAGAAACAGAAAAUGGGACUCAUUCUUCUGGACUCUGUGGCAUUGGAAAUAGAGCUAAACAGACUUUAUUACACCCUACAAAUACUGAAUCCUUUCAUGCAACAUUUUAUUAUACCUCUAGAUAUCUCUGGUUUUAUUUCAAUCAAGAUGAUUGACAGCCAGGAUUCAAAACAGUGACUUCGCUAAUGCUCUCAUUUUCCUCAGUUGUCUGGUUAGGAUGGCAUCAUUUCUAAAUUGUCC